UCCAAGAUGGCGACCUCCGUGAUGUCCUUUCGCACGUCGCGGAUUCUGACAAAAAUUUUAAUUCGUGAUGUUCAGGGCUGUCCGAGCCGGCGAACGCUCUUCGGAAACAUACUCGGAGCACCGGACGACACAUUUAGUCAUCGAGAUCGACGACUUAUAGGUUACAGUCAAGAACAAAUGUAUGCUGUGAUUAGUGAAACCAAAAAUUAUCCGGAGUUCCUCCCAUGGUGUACGAAACUCAAGAGAUUCGAUGAACGGGAUGACAGCGAAAAAGUGCUAAUGACCGUGGGAUUCCCACCGUUCGAGGAGACUUACGUAUCGCGGGUGAUAUUCGAGGAACCUUCGAAAGUCCGAAGUUUCUCCGCAGAGGGCACGUUUUUCAAGGACUUGGAUGCAUUGUGGACGAUCGAGGACUGCGGGAAGGACUCAUGCAUCUUGAGUUUUCGGAUCAACUUCAAAUUGAAAUCUAGACUGCACGCUCCGCUCGCAAAGGUAUUUUUCAAAUCAACCGCACUCACUAUGAGUCGGGCUUUCAUCGGCAGAGCGGGAGACCUGUAUGGAGAGCCAUCGUGUAGGGAGAAAAGAUUGAAAUUAUGAGAAUAAAUUGUAGACACUU